ACAAUAAAUACUACAAGCAACUAUUUCAUAGUCCAUACUACUGUGGGUAUCCUCAUCACCCACACUUUUGCUUCUUUUACCUUACACCAUCGCCAUUAUCUGCUAAAAGAUUUUUGUGCUUCUAUCCAACACAACAAUAGCAACAACAACAACAGAGUCUUACUACUUCUACUACUAGUAUUAGCGAAGUACAAUCAACGAAGUGAGUGAGUGAGAGUAGUCAUGUUCUGUGUAAUAAGUUGAAUUUAUUGGAGCUUCGCGAUUGUUGGCGGUGUGGCUGCUAUACUCUAUACAGGAUACAUAUUACUGGAAAAUAUUUGUACACCACUCUGGAUUUGAUGUAUAGAAAAAAGAAGGAAAAAAAUCAAGUCACGUAGCUCCUUCAAACGUGCUAAAGCUGAAGAUAUUUGCCGGAGCCGGAGAUCGUAAGUCAGUUCAUUGCCGCUCUUGCUGUCGAAUCACCGUUAAUCUAGUAUAACAAUUAGAUAAAAAUUUAUAAGAUAUUCUAACUAAAUUUAAAUUUAGAUAAAAAAAAAUUGAAAAGUGCUGAGUUUAUUUUAUUCUAGUUCUGCGAAGUUGAAUUUACCUUUGCGAGCUAAAUAUCAUCGAGUUGUUUUUUAUCUAUUUAAUGCCAGUGAUUGUACAAUCGAGAAGAGAGGUCAACUUUAAUAAGAUUGCUAAGGAUAGAAAAGGAACAACUAUCGGUAUGUCCUAAGCACACCUACAACGGAGAUAAAUAAAGUGCGAGAAAGCGAAACAAAGAGAAAACAAUUAAAACUCAGGCAUAAGAUUUAAUAAUUAUACAUUGUUGUUUUGUUUUAUUAAUUUAUUAAUUAAUGUGUAUGGUAUUUAAAAAAAAUAUUUUUAGAAUGGUGGAUUAAUUAAAAAAAUAGUAAGAACAGAACAAGUGAAGGAGUAAUUACGAAUAUCUAUGAGUAUGAAACUAGCAUCAAUGCAACAACAGCAGCAACAGCGGCCACACGCGCCUCCAGUACCGCCGAGGCCAAGCAAACAGGUUGUUGUAGAGGCCCUCAAAAGAUCAUCUACCAGAUUACCCUGCCCGACGCGUCAAGCUCCACCGCCUCCAACCAAUGUACGACCCUGGCGGCAAUUGGAUUAUCCUUCUUCUAAUAAUCGUUUCAAACCUGUUGAAAAAAGCCAUGAUGUUAAUCCUGUAAAAGAUACUCAUCAAAAAAAGCUUCCUGGUUUUAAUAACAACGAUAAUAAUAAUUGUAAUAAUAUUGAUAUUAAUGACAAUAACACCAUCAGUAGUGAUAAUAACAGUAAUGAAAAUGAGUCAAGUAAAAAAUUAAUUAAGAAUAAAAUUAGUAAGUCAAAUGAUGUUUAUGAAAAUAAUUUUGAUGUAAUUAAUCAAGAACCAAAUUUAGUUGAUAAUCAGAACAACUCUGUUAAUAAUUAUGAAAAUAUAGUGAUAUCGAAUAAUCAGGAGCGUAAAUUACCCCCCACAACUAAUCAGUGUAUUAUACUCCCGGCUGUUAUAAAUAAAUUGGAGAAUAAUAAUUUAUCUACCGAGUUAAGUGUUGGAGAAAAUACGCGAGAGAUAAUUUCUAAAGAAAUUCAUAAUAAACUUAUCACGUCACCAGAUUCUCCGAUGAAAAGUAUAACAGCUCCGACUACAACAAUUGUGAUAACUGAAAGUGAUAAUAAGUUACAAGUUUUAAAAAAACAAAAUUCUGUAGAAAAUUUAUUGGCAUCCAGUGUCUCAAAUGCUUCAAGUGAUGACUGUGCUACGAUUGUGGUAGUUGAAAAACCGAAUGAAGAUAAAAUUUCAAUUAGCAGUGAAGAAGAUAAAAAAAAUAAUAUACACCACCAAGACUGGUUAGAGUCUGGGAUUCGUUAUUCGUCUACAAAAAUAACUAUACCUGCCGGUGACAAGUUAUUGAACGAUGGAGUUUUAAAUUCUACGACUCAUCAUUUCCUUUAUAAUUACAGUAAGACAAGACCUGGAAAUAAUGUUACUAGUUUAUAUGAUAAAAUAGCAAUGUCUUCCCUUCAAGGAUUGCCUCCUUUGCCUCGAAGCCUAAGUGGGUUAUACCUCAACGAAGAAUUUAGAGAAACAAAUGAACCUCCUCCACCGCCAAUGAGAUCUUCAAGUAAAACACCAAAAGUCGGAAAAACAAUACAGUCAUCAAAUUCCAGGCCUUCGCUUUCACCUGGACGACAAUUAACAACUUUGGAUUCACAAUUGGCUAUUCUUAGAAAAGAAAUGUUUGGAUUGCGCCAAUUGGACCUUUCAUUAUUGUCACAAUUGUGGUCACUGAAUGAAUCGAUCCAAGAGUUUCGACAGCUAGUUCAGGAUCACGAUGACAGAGCUCCGUCACCGUCUCCAAGCAGCGAAGAAGGUGAUGAUGGUUAUGGAAAUCACCCGCCAGCACCCCCACGUCGACCAGCCUCUCUCCAUCACCACCAUCACCAUUAUUCUUCGUCUCCUCAUCACCAUCAUCAUCAUCGACCGCCCAGACCACCGAGACCUUUAAGACCACUCGGUAGUGAUGAAUCGCCUUCCAGCGAAGAAUAUGGAGCUGUCUAAUGUUUAUACAAUAAUUAUGUUAUAAACGUGUCAGUUGUUGAUAUGGUUAUCAUUUUCUUUAGUUAUAUAAAAUAUUAUAAAUUAAACUCGUAUUUCUUGGUAUGUAUAUUCAUAUAUUAUUUUAUAGUACAUAUAAUUGAUUUUUAAAACGUUUUGCGUAUCUAUAUGUUUCGAUAAAUAUUUGUAUGCUGUGAAAUUUAUAUUAAACAUUUUGAAAUGAAAAUUACUCUUUAGAUAAUUUAAGGCUAGUUUUCUUCUUUAAAUAUAAUUCUAUAAUUGAGCAAAGUUUAGUAGUACAAAUAAUCUAGUUUUUUUAUCAAUAAAUAAAUAUUAAAAUCUAUUUGUUCCACGAUUUAUUACUCAUCGUUUAAAACUUGAUUCUAAUGAUUAAUUGAUAUUUUUAUAGUUAUAUUAUAUGUCUAACGUUAAAAAGAAUAUAUUCACGUUGGCUUGUAACUUUAGAUUCUUAGGAUGAAAAUGUACAUGAAUAAAUAUGUAAUUUCAAAGAUAAAAAACCAAUAAAAUUCUGUAAAAAAUAA